AAACCAGUUUAACUUGUUCUGUAAAGUGAAAGAGAUUUCAGAUUUACUGUUCAACAUGACAGUUCAGAGGAGAAAAAUAGAAGGAAAUACAAAUAUAACUUGUGAACAUUAAAUCUUUAUGGAAACACCGAAGAAGACUGGUUGUAAAAUGAGUUUCUAUCAGGAGAGAAAGGAGGAGGAUGUUGAUCACUCUCAGUCCCAGAGAGCAGAAUCUCCUGAGCCAAGCUGUGUGUCUAUGAUGAGUGAUACAUCCAUGACAGAACACCCUAAAUUCAGUGAUGAAUCAGUGCCCUUUCACCCCAGAAAAGAGAAAAAGAGGGCAGCAUCUCCUGAGCCAAGCUGUGUGUCUAUGAUGAGUGAUACAUCCAUGACAGAACGCCCUAAAUUCAGUGGAGGAUUAGUGCCCUUUAACCCCAGAAAAGAGAAAAAGAGGGCAGCAUCUCCUGAGCCAAGCUGUGUGUCUAUGAUGAGUGAUACAUCCAUGACAGAACACCCUAAAUUCAGUGAUGGAUCAGUGCCCUUUAACCCCAGCAAUAAUCAGCCUGAUCAUCCUCCUCAACCACUGAAUGAUGAACUACAAACAGUCAAAGAGCAGCACAAAACCAGCAUGAGGAACAAGUAUGAGAGAUUAUUUGAGGGAAUCAAACUCCAGGAAAAUGAAACCCUCCUGAACAGCAUCUACACACAGCUCUACAUCAUAGAGGGAGAGAGAGAAGGAGUGAAUGAAGAACAUGAGGUUUUACAGAUGGAGAAAACAGCCAGAACACAACACUCACAAGACACUCCAAUCUACUGCAAUGACAUCUUUAAAGGCUCCGCUGAAGCAGGAUGUGAGGAGAAAGAGCAGAUCAAGACUGUUCUUACUAAAGGCAUCGCUGGAAUCGGAAAAACCGUCUCUGUGCAGAAGUUCAUUCUGGACUGGGCCGAGGGAAAAGCCAAUCAGGAUGUAGAUUUCAUGUUUGUGCUACCAUUUCGAGAGCUGAACUUGAUCCGAGAUCAUCAGUACAGUCUUCACAGACUUCUGCUGGACUUUCAUCCUGAACUUCAAGAUCUGGACUCACAGAUUUAUGAGGAGUGUAAAGUUGUGUUCAUCUUUGAUGGUCUGGAUGAAAGCAGAAUCACACUGAUGUUUUCAGACGCUCAGAAAGUUUGUGAUGUGACUGAGACUUCAUCAGUGGCUGUGUUGAUGUCAAAGCUGAUGAAAGGAGAGCUGCUUCCCUCUGCUCUCAUCUGGAUCACCUCCAGACCAGCAGCAGCCAAUCAGAUCCCCUCCGAAUACAUCCACCGUCUGACAGAAAUUCAGGGAUUCACUGAUCCUCAGAAGGAGGAAUAUUUCAGGAAGAGAAUCAGUGAUGAGCAUCAAGCCAGCAGAAUCAUCUCACACAUCAGAAGAGCAAGAAGCCUCCACAUCAUGUGCCACAUCCCCGUCUUCUGCUGGAUCUCAUCCACUGUGCUUCAGAAGCUCCUGGAAGAAGAUCUGAGAGCAGAAAUCCCUCAAACUCUGACUGAAAUGUACAUCCACUUCCUGCUGAUUCAGAUCAACAUGAGGAAGCAGAAGUAUGAAGAGAGAGAUCCAGAGAAACUCCUGCCGUCCAACAGAGAAGUGAUUGUGAAACUUGCUGAAGUGGCUUUCAAACAGCUGAUGAAGGGCAAUGUGAUGUUCUAUGAGGAGGACCUGAUUGAGAGCAGCAUAGACGUCACUGACGCCUCAGUGUAUUCUGGGAUUUGCAGUGAGAUCUUUAAGGAGGAAUCUGUGAUUCAUCAGAGGAAAGUCUACAGCUUCAUUCACCUGAGCAUUCAGGAAUUUCUUGCUGCUUUUUAUCUGUUUUACUGCCAUCUGACAAAGAACAUGGAGCCAUUGCAGGACAUUAAUUAUGAAAGAUACAGUUCUCAGGAAAACUCUUUGUAUGAUCUACUAAGAUCAGCAGUAGAUGAAGCUCUUAAGAGGGAAAAUGGACGUCUGGAUCUGUUCCUGCGGUUCCUGCUGGGCGUCUCAUUGGAGUCCAAUCAGAGACUCUUACAGGAUCUACUGACACACACAGAGAACAGCUCAGAAAACAUCAAACAAAUCACACAAUACAUUAAAGACAAGAUCAAGAAAAAAGACUAUAUCAUGAAACUCUCCACUGAAAGAUCCAUCAAUCUGUUCCUCUCUCUGUUGGAGGUAAAAGAUCAGACUCUGUCCAGAGAGAUUCAGGAGUUUGUGAAAUCCGAUAAUCACUCAGAGAAUGAACUCACACCUGCUAACUGCUCAACAAUCGCCUACAUGCUUCAGAUGUCAGAGGAGCCACUGGAUGAGCUGGACCUCAUGAAAUACAACACAUCAGAUGAGGGUAGAGGAAGACUGGUACCAGCUGUGAGCAACUGCAAAAAAGCUUUACUUGCUGGAUGUUGCCCUUUUGAUCAGCACUGUGAAACUGUAUGUUCAGCUCUCCAAUCACCAAACUCUCAUCUGAAUGAGCUGGACCUGUGUAUAAAUGGCCUAAAGGAUUCAGGAGUGAAGCUGCUUUCUUAUGGACUGAAGAGUCAAAAUUGUCAGCUGGAGAUACUAAGGCUACCUGGGUGUAAUCUCACGGCUCAGUCUUGUGAGAGUUUGUCAUCAGUAUUACAAUCCUCAACCUCCCGUCUGAGAGAGCUGGACCUGAGUAACAAUGACCUGCACAAUUCAGGAUUGAAGCUUCUUUCUGAUGGGCUGAAGAGCCCAAACUGUCAGCUGAAGAUACUAAAAUGUUCCAUAUGUAGUCUCAGUGCUCAGUCUUGUGAGAGUUUGUCAUCAGUUUUACCGUCCUCUACUUCCUGUCUGAGAGAGCUGGAUCUGAGUAACAAUGACCUGCACAAUUCAGGAGUGAAGCUUCUUUCUGAUGGACUGAAGAGUCCAAACUGUCAGCUGAAGAUACUGAGAUUGUCAGGUUGUAUGGUGACAGAAAAGGGCUGUCGUUAUGUAUCUUCAGCUCUGAGUUCAAACCCUUCACAUCUAGAGGAGCUGGAUCUGAGCUACAAUCACCCAGGAGACUCAGGAGUCAAGCUGCUCUCUAAAAACCUGGAGGAUCCAAAGUGCACACUGGACAAACUCAAGUAUGCCAACAAGAAUUGUUUAUACUCUUCAGACUCUCUCUCUCUCUGUUCUUCUUUGGUCAUCUUUACGACCACAUUAAAAUUGGAGAUGUUUCAGACACAUGCUCCAGCUUCACUUUAGCACAAGGGAAAGCAC